AAGCCUAAAUGUAAAACAUAGAACUGAAUAUUUUAUAAUGAAACGUGAAGGUUUUUUGACUGAGUUGAUUCCAAAUAGUUGUAGUUUUUAUAUUUCCACCAUCAAGGCAAGAGUUCCAGUUUGUCCAUAUGCUUGGGGGGAAAAGGGAUCAUCUACACACUACCUGACAACUUGUGAGAAAAUGGACAAUUAGAAAAGUGUCACCCAGAACCACCUUCUCACCAUGAUUCCAAUCUCCCCAGAUGCAGUGAGCUGGGCCCCAGGACGCCCCAGCCACCCUGACACACCACCCAACAUCUAUGAGGGAGGGCUGGGGGCCCAGCAGCAGCAGGGCCCCGGUGCCCAGGGAAGCAAGCCCAAGAACUUCCGACUGCGUCACCUCCGGAGCCUUGCUCUCUACCUGCCAGGCCACAUGCAGCCUGCUGGUCAAUGUGGAAGCCACUGGUUAGGCCGGCUCAUGGCUGGAGGCAGCCUGCCACGGCCUGAAAGCUCGGCCUGGUCCCUGGACCUGCCACAGGGGACCCUGGGUCCAGGUAACAGCCAUUGCUCAACCCUUCUGGAAGCCCAACUGCCCAGGGACAACCUGGGAAAUACAGCUUCCAGUUCCAGCAUGGACCCAGCCAAGGGUGUCCCCUCCCAGUCUGGUCCCCCUGAGGGCUUGGGACUCAGGCCCAAGAGGUCCUGGAGAGCCUUGGAGGAGACCAUGUGUCCCUUGUGCAAGAGAACCCGCUCUGGGGCCUUGGAGAGGUCAUAAGGAUCCAAAGUGCCAGGGCUGGGGACAGUAGGGGAAGGAUGGCCGAGUAGGAGGCCAGGUUUACUGAGGAAGGGUUCAGUCCCAGCAGCAGCCCUCCCACUGAGAUGGCCCCCAUAGUUGCCCAGCUCCAGACCUGGGCAGUCUGGGGAAAGUACGAGGGAGGGAGGAAGUCCCAUGGGAGGGACAGAAGAAAUGGAAGCCUGCCUAUGCCCUUGCAGCCUGCCCAAACUCCGGUCAGCCACUUGUACCUGGGAGGCCAGGCCGAGCAGAGAAUCUGGUUCCUGAGAGACCAGGUAGUCCUCAGGUCUAAUCUCAGUAAAAGCCAAGGCCUGCA